AUGACCAAUCUUUCGUUACUACUGCUGUUUGCUAUUGCGCAGGUACUCGUAUGCCAGGCGUUACCGAAAUACCAGACGCUGGAUGCGGAGAAUGAGGCUGAUUUGCUGGGUGGAGACCUAAAAUUUAGCGCGCAGAAUGAGGAGCAGAAGAGUCUCAAAGAUGACGACGGAGAGCAAAAGAAACAGGAUGUUGAAGAGAUUCCGGCUCCCGCAAUUAGGCCGUACCCUCGUAUUUGUCAACGUAUUAUUUGCUGGCUGUUUCGUAUGGAUUUAUAA